AUGUCGUCCAGACCAGUCAUCAGCGUCCUCGGAUCUCUCAAUAUCGAUCUCGUUUCCUAUGUACCGCAUCACCCACUCCCGGGAGAAACAAUAACCGCUAGCCAAUUCAAUGUUUUCCCCGGCGGCAAGGGCGCGAACCAAGCUGUUGCUUGCGCAAAGCUGUCUCGGACCUCGGAUCUCAAGGAACCUAGCGUUGACGUCGCCAUGAUGGGCGCGGUGGGCGUAGAUGCAUACGGUUCUAUCCUCCUGGAAAGCCUCAAGUCGUAUGGUGUGGAAACGUCGGCUAUCAAAGUCGAUGCCGAGUCCAAGACUGGGAUCGCCAUGAUUGUCGUUGAUGAGCCUUCAGGUCAAAACCGCAUCAUCCUUUCGCCUGGAGCAAAUGCUUCGCUCAAGCCUACCCAGUUCACCCACCUUCCUGACCCAUCACCCACUCUGCUCAUCAUGCAACUGGAAAUUCCAAUCGAGACUGUCAUUCAGGCGUUAGAGGCCGCUAAGAAAACAGGAACGCCUGUUCUUCUCAACCCGGCCCCGGCUCAAAAGCUCCCGGAAAAGGCGUACCAGGGCCUAGCACAUUUGGUUCUGAAUGAGAGCGAGGCAGCCCUGCUGUCAGAUGUCAAAGAGUCGGACCUGGAUGACUUGAAGUUGGUGGAGCAAAUCGCUGGCCAAUUCCUAGCCCGGGGUGUUAAGAACGUUGUCAUCACCCUUGGUGGAAGAGGCGCCUAUUACGCCAACGAGACAGAUAGGGCUUUUGUUCCAGCUCUCAAGGUCGAUGUUGUUGAUACGACUGCGGCUGGUGACACCUUUAUCGGAAUGUAUGCCAUACACGCGGUCCAUGCUAUCACGAGGUCGGAGAAAUUUGAUAUCGAUGAAGCUGUUAGGCAGAGUAUCAGGGCAUCGUCGAAAACGGUCUCCAAAAGGGGAGCCCAAGUCUCUAUACCCUGGAAGGAUGAGUUGUAG